AUGCUUUCAACAGAUCGUAUCAAACCACUUCCGCCAGAAGCAGUGGCGAAGAUCAAGUCCUCUACAUCGGUCACCAACUUGAAUGACGUGAUCGUGGAAUUGGUCAAGAAUGCCUUGGAUGCAAACGCUCGUACGGUUUUCGUCACGGUCGAUUUCCAGCGCGGAGGCUGCGUGGUAGAUGACGAUGGAGACGGCAUUCCACCAGGGGAAUUUGAAGCGCAUGGCGGACUAAUGAAAGCGCACCAUACCUCGAGAUUCGAUGCGUCCAAAAUGGUUUACGGCCAUCGGGGCUUAUUUCUCGCUUCGUUGUCCUCCUUGUCGUUGUUGACUGUAACAUCACGGAAUGUUCGUCAUUCAACCACAAAUACGGUGGUCUUUCAUCAUGCGACUCCGGUGGCGCGAUUGUGCCCGGCUCCCGCUCAACGCGAGCCUAGGUUUGGUGCGCAUGGGACCAGUGUCACUGUCAACGAUCUUUUUGGGAACAUGCCCGUGCGUGUUAAGAAUAGGGCGCUAACCCUCCAAAAGCCAGACGAACUUGAGCGGCAGUGGGAUGAGUUAAAGCAAGCUCUGGUGUCGUUGAUGGUGGCCAAUGACCGCCUAAACAGAUUGGUAGUAUCUGAUGCUGGGAAAGAGCGAAAGCUUACUAUACGGCCGCGCGCCACUAACGAACCGGCUGACGGUGGCUUGGACCGCCUCCGAGUUAGUUCCAUCCUCGCGCAGGCUGGGUUGAUUGAUUCCCCAGAUGCUAGUCAUUGGGACACUGUCUCCGCCUGCGUUCCCGAUCUUGCUAUUUAUGCUGCCAUCUCUCUCGUUCCCAGCCCGUCAAAAAGAGUGCAAUUCAUUUCCAUAGGGAUUGAUCCGCUUCAACAACGGAACAAUGCAAAUAUCCUGUACGGCGAAGUCAAUCGCAUCUUUUCUCUAUCCGAUUUCGGUACGGGCUCGAAUUUAAGUUCUGGUUCAAGGGAGUUUUCAAGUCGUGUUGGCCUAUAUGCAAAAUCCGCAGCCAAGUCAGUCAGUAAGUGGCCAGUGUUUUGCAUUCGAAUAUACACGACCGAUCCACAGAGAAUCAACGGCGACGGUCAGGAAGGCCCUGAACCAGAAAAGUCCAUCCAGCGCAUCAUAGAUGUUCUCGGCGCGAUGGUCAAUGAAUUUCUAAAACAGCAUAACCUACGCCCACGUGCUACGAAAGGAUCUGGGAACGAAACACAGCUUCAGAUGGCAGUCGAGAAUGGAGACAAACCGAGCCCUCAUUCUCGUGGCAAACAAGGCACAACCUCCAGUACCGAAGAAGCUCUGGGUGGGCAGGUAAAACUCCCAUCCUUCAAGAGGCGCGCACCCAUAAUCAGUCAGCACUUCGGAGACUGGUCGAGAAUCAAAAGUGCAAGAGAUAUUUCCGAAAUGUGCUCCCCAAGAUUGAAGCACCACACUCCAUCUCCGACGGACCCGGCCAUUCACCAGCGUUUGAAGCGCAGGUCUCCAGAAAGGGCGAGUUACUUCCCACAAACACCGCAAACCGUGGGUGAAUCAGACCCAGGGGUUGACGACAAGGGGACAGACACGGAUACAGCUGUCACUUGGACUGAUCCAUUGACUGGAAGAAGUCAUCUAAUAAAUCCCCGGACCGGCCAGUCGAUUGCUCCCCAGUCGCCGAUGGACGUGGUUCUGAGACGACCUCAGUCGACGAGCUCGUUUCGUUCCAUGCGAAUGUCAGACAGCAUAACCAGACCAAGAUCCGCCAUUUUGAAUGAAACAGAAAACAAGUGGGUCGAAAAUCUUUUGGAGAACUGGGAUAACCCGGCCUUUGGUCGUGCCGAACGCCCGAUCAGCGCGAUUGAUAUCGGCGCCGCUCAUGCAGAUGUCUCGGGCUUGGAGGCCAAAUGUCGUGAUCUCAGCGGUGAAAUGUGUGAGCUACAAAAGUUCGGGUUGUCGAAGUUCCGCGGCAAGCUAAGCAGACAAGAUCUGGAAAGGGCCGAGAUAGUUGCCCAGGUAGAUCGAAAAUUCAUCUUGGUCAAAUUGGGAACUGCACCAGGCGGUCAUGACCAUGACGUCGCAGGGUCAGUGCUAGUCCUUAUUGACCAGCAUGCAGCCGAUGAGAGAUGCCGGGUGGAAGCUCUCUUCGAACGGUUUUUGGAGUGGGAUUCCCGGCGGAUAGACACCGUCGCAUUGGAACCCAUUGUUUUUGAGACCCCGUCCACCGAAUUGGCUCUUUUGAAGCGGUAUGCCGGAUUUUUCAAUUCUUGGGGAGUAGGAUACACGGUGGAGCAGGGACCUGAAGAUAGACGAGCGUUUGUCUCCGUGAAUACCCUUCCAAGGCUCAUCGCAGAACGAUGUCGAGUGGAACCAAUUCUAGUAACAGACCUCAUCCGCGGCGAGAUCUGGCGACGCGAAGAGAACGGCGGAAGACCGACAACCGUCGCAGCGAAGGUCAGACCUUCGGACACUAGCGAAGAGAACACAUGGGUGAGACGACUAGACGGAUGUCCACAGGGGAUCAUCGAACUGGUGAACUCGCGAGCCUGCCGCACGGCGAUCAUGUUCAACGAUGUUUUGAACACGUCGGAAUGCCAGAGUCUGGUCCGCCGGCUGGCUCGAUGCGUGUUUCCGUUUCAGUGUGCGCAUGGUCGGCCGUCUAUGAUCCCUGUCGUUAUGACUGGGAUGGGAGAUGCAGAAGAAGACCACUGGGGAGAUACAUCUGGGGAGGAAGGGGUAGGGGUAGAUUUCGUGGAUGCGUUUCGGCGGUGGCGGAGUCGCAUAGACUUAAGUGAUUGA